UUACUACACAGUGCGCUCAGUGUUAUUUUUGUUCACAAUUGCGUAUCUCGGGUCUUCUCAUAUCAAUACAUGACAAGAUAAUGGACGAUAGAUUAUCAUUGGACGUUCUGUGUACCAUGAAAUUGCUGGUGUUUCUGGUGUCCCUGGUGACGCUGAGUGUGACGGUAGCAGCGGUGGCGGUGGAAGGGCAAGGGCAUGUUCCCGAAGCGCAGAGUCGCGGCCGCGUGCUCCUCGUGUUCCCUGUUCCCGGCAAAAGUCAUAGUAUUCUGGGAAAUUCAAUAGCCGACAUCUUGAUAGAUGAUGGCUAUGAGGUGACGUACGUGACGCCGUUUCCCAGUCAGUCCAACCGCACCGGCCUCACUGUGGCCGACAUCAGCUCUAUACUGGUAGCCGACCGGGAUGCCAACCAUUUGGACAUUGCAAAUCUGUUCGAAAAUCCGAAACCCAGCCAUUGGGUUCUGACAAUGGGUCACAUGUUCGCGAAGCAGGCUCUUCACCACGCCGCACUGCAGGAGCUGCUCAACGACGAUAAAGUAACCUUCGACCUCGUCAUCGCUGACUGGUUCUACUCGGGACUUCUCGCACCGCUAGCGGCAGUGUUCGACUGCCCGUUGGUGUGGUACUCGAGCGGGGACGUGUCGUGGCAAUCGCUGCGCUACGUGCACGAGGCCAGCAGUGCGGCGUUGGCCGUUGAUCCGCAAGAAAGGCGCGCGCCCGCCGCGCCCCUGAAUACCGGGGACAAGCUGCGUCAACUGCUCCUGCAGCUCUACCUUACCGGGUGGACGCACUACUAUACAAGCCACAUAGACGCGGUGGUGUACCGCGAGGUGUACAGCGCACCGCUGCUGCUGCGCGGCCGCCGCCCGCCACCGUACGAACCGCUAGUCUACAAUGGCUCGCUGCUGCUGGUCAACUGCCAUCCCCCGCUCGGACACAAUCUGCCGCUGCCCGGGAACGUGCAGUACGUCGGCGGACACCACCUCAGCACCGCGCCGAAACCUUUGCCAAGUGACUUGCAACGUCUACUAGACGAUUCUACGCAUGGGGUGGUGUACUUCAACUUGGGCUCUAACGUGAGGAGCAGAGACUUGCCGGAAGCGAUGACGCGCAGCCUGCUGGCGGUGCUAGGCCAGCUGCGGCAGACCGUGCUGUGGAAGUUUGAGGAGCGGCUGGAUCAUUUGCCCGCCAACGUGCACCUGUUGGACUGGGCACCGCAGGAGAGCAUCUUAGCGCACCCAAACGUAUUGGUGUUCAUUUCGCACGCGGGGCUGCUGUCGGUGAUGGAAGCGACGCAGCAUGGCGUGCCGCUGCUCGGUCUGCCCAUCUUUGGCGACCAGUUCGUCAACAUCGACAAGGUCGUGCAGCGAGGCUGCGGUCUCAGAGUUGACUUCUCCGACGACUUCCCGGCGAGGCUGCAGGAAGCGCUACGUGAAAUACUUGAUAAUUCUAGGUACAGAGAGAACGCUAAGCAGGCGUCGCGGGUGUUCCGUGAGCGGCUAGCAGGACCGCGCGAAGCGCUGGCGCACUGGGCGCGGCUGGUGGCGAGCACGCGCGGUGCGCCGCAUCUGCAGUCGCCCGCGCGCCACAUGUCCACUUUCGUGUGGUUACACCUCGAUAUCCUUCUCGUUUUCGGUACCAUUGGAUGGUUCUUGUCAAAAGUCGUCAAAGUCAUCAGAGUUCAUUUAAAAGAUUCACAACCAAUGGACAAUUCGAUAAAAAAGAAUGACUGA